AUGGAGUGUAUACGAGGUCAUAGGUCCUCCACAUGCAAACACCAUGACCGACCACUACUACAAGUUAGAUCAAAGGGCAGACCUGGUGUUUACGCAAACGGUAACCCCAACCAUCGAGUGGCUGUUUUUGCCGAGGAAAUUGCAACAGCAUCUGACUCUGCAGACUCGGAAGUAGCAUCUGCAGAAUCAACCUCGCCACCACCACCACCACCACCAAAUUCAUGCAAAUCGCAACCAAUUAUAAUAUUAAAAGCUUCAUCAAAGCAGGUGAUUGACUUGACUAAUGGAGAGAUCGUUGGCCCUUACGACGAGUCAAAAACUACCAAGAGCAUGGUUGAAAAGCCACCACCACAACAACCAGUCAUCAAUGACGAGAGUUUCAUAAUAUCUUCAGGAUGCUGUGCUCCAAAAGUAACUAAACGGUCUGGCUGUGGCUGUUGUGGUAACAAAAGGAAGGAUGUGAACAAGUCAAAAAUAUUGCAAACAUACAUUGAGAAGAAGCUAAAUAAGGAAAUGAUGCCACCGAUUCCAAAACAAGUAAAGUUUAUUUCAGAGACACCUCGUCCACAGGUCAGCAGCAAUACCAAUAAUGGAAAUACCCGAAGCGAAACUCCUGUGUUUGAAGUGGUUCCUGUUUCUUCCUGUUCUAUUCCAGGUACUUGUUGUUGCGCCAGCGAUUGCAAUUGCGCUGGGUGUGUGGUUCAUGGUAAUACACCAGAAGUUCCUCAACAAAACUUUCUAGACUCAUCCCAUCAAAGCAAAUUGCCCAUGGAUACUAUUUCGAAGAUUGACACACUUGUUUUCGACUCAUUGGCAACCCACAAUAUCCUCCCAAGGGUGACGCCAAUGGAUCAACUCCCACAAACUCCAAGUCUUGGCGAACCGUAUACUGGACUGACUGUUCCAGCUUCCCCUUCAAUGUGUCUAUGUCCCCCCGACGCAUGUGACUGUGCCAACUGCGAAGUGCACGGUAUAAUUGAUGGUCACAAGUUGGAUGAAUAUUUUGUUGAUCAAGAAAAAUUAUUGAAUGCAUUGGUUUCUGAUUUUGAUUUCAAUACUCUUAUGUCGUUGGGUGGGAAUGCGGGCCCCAAUGAGCAUCCCAAACCCGUGCCAGCUAGCAAUGCAUUUCCUACAAGCAACAGUGAGGAGCACCAUUAUGGUAAAUUACGAUAUCCACAGAUGCAAUUGCCAAGCAGUGAUGGCUGGUCCGGACUACAAAGUUUGCAUCCCAGCUAUGUCGAUUCCAGUCAGCUAGUACAUGCUAACGAGAAAAGGUGUUGCUCUAGUCGUAAGAGUGCUUAG